GGAAAUCUGUACGGAGAAGAUGGUGGAAGAUCGGACAUAUUUGAUCUCGAGGGUUUUCUCAAGUUCUCGUCUUUCAGAAUCAAAGUGGCCUUACAUGUUUCCAGAAGCAGAAGAUUCCUCAGAAUCUAAGCUCAGCAAUGGCAAAAGAGCAUUAGAUGAUGUUGACGAGCUCAGGCAGAGCAAGUCUCUCAGAUUAAUGGGAUUUUUAAUUCAUGGGAAUGAAGCCAUUGAAGAAGAACAAGACCAAUCUGAUUCUAACAACAAUACUGAUGGCGAUUCACUUAUCAAUGAUAUUGGCAGGGACAAUUCGAUAAGCUGUUUGAUCCGUUGUUCGAGGUCUGAUUACGGUUCCAUUGCUUCUUUAAACCGGAGUUUUCGAUCUUUGGUGAAGACCGGAGAGAUUUAUAGACUCAGGAGGCAAAACCAGGUUGUUGAACAUUGGGUUUACUUCUCUUGCCAGCUCUUGGAAUGGGUUGCUUUCAAUCCUGUUGAAAGAAGAUGGAUGAAUUUGCCUACGAUGCCUUCAGGUGUUACCUUCAUGUGGGCUGAUAAAGAAUCGCUUGCUGUUGGCACUGAUUUGCUUGUUUUAGGCAAAGAUGAUUACUCUUCUCAUGUUAUAUAUAGAUACAGUCUUUUGACUAACUCUUGGUCUUCUGGUACGAGGAUGAAUUCUCCGAGGUGUUUGUUUGGCUCAGCGAGUCUAGGAGAGAUUGCGAUCUUCGCUGGUGGUUUUGAUUCUCUUCGCAAGAUCAGUGAUUCCGCUGAGAUGUAUAACUCUGAGCUUCAGACUUGGACUACACUUCCGAAGAUGAAUAAACCGAGGAAGAUGUGUUCGGGUGUUUUCAUGGAUGGGAAGUUUUAUGUCAUUGGAGGGAUUGGUGGAAGUGACUCCAAAGUGCUUACUUGCGGUGAGGAGUUUGAUUUAGAGACGAAGAAAUGGACUGAGAUCCCGGAAAUGUCGCCUCCAAGGAGCCGAGAAAUGCCAGCAGCAGCAGAGGCGCCACCUCUUGUUGCGGUUGUGAAUAAUCAGUUGUAUGCCGCGGAUCAUGCUGAUAUGGAAGUGAGGAAGUAUGAUAAGGAGAGUAAGAAAUGGUUUACUUUAGGGAGAUUGCCGGAAAGAGCUGGCUCGGUUAACGGUUGGGGAUUAGCGUUUAGAGCUUGCGGUGAGCGGUUAAUUGUGAUUGGUGGUCCUAGAAGUUCAGGUGGAGGGUACAUUGAGCUGAAUUCCUGGAUACCAUCUAGUGAUCGAAGUCCGCCUCUAUGGACAUUGCUCGGUAGGAAACAUUCAUCGAAUUUCGUAUACAAUUGCGCGGUGAUGGGUUGCUGAUAAAGGGUUUCAACAAUAAUUUUCAGAUGAUUUUAAAGAUUCUCCUGCCGUUGGAGAUGUCGAAAGUUACAGUCUUUUUCUUAUUUAUUUUGGUUACAAAAAGAAAUUUAUUUUCAAUUCAAUUGGAUACAAUCAUCUUGGUGGUAUUGUUAGAUUCUUGGAAAGAACAGAAACAGGUUUUGUAAUAAGUUUGGUGGAGAAAGUUCAGAAUCUAGAGUUUUGCUGUUCUGUUGUAAGUUGUUGAAUUUUGUUUUCUAAAUAUAAUGAUUUUUUUUCU